UGGCCACUCCAAAAAUCCUAACGACACGCAACUUCCUCUCCUCACCCAGAGGCGGCUUCCUCUGUUUCUCCACAUGGAUGACUCCACCCACCUCCCACUGCCACGACCCAAUCCUCACAACCAUUUCCGAGGCCAUCAAGUUCUCACCAACGAAGCCUCUCCACUCCUCUCUCAAGCGUAUCCUGCCUUCACUCACGCCCAAUCACCUCAUCGAUCUAAUCAACCUCAACCCACACUCCCUCUCCCCACCCUCUCUUCUCUCCUUCUUCAAAUGGCUUUCCACUCAACACCACUUUCGCCUCUCUAUUCACUCCUACUGCACUAUGACCCACUUUCUCUGCACCCACAAAAUGCUUUCGGAGGCCCAAUCUCUUCUCCAAUUCGUCGUCUCUCGAAAAGGGAAGAACUCGGCUUCUUCCGUCUUCACUUCAGUUCUUGAAGCUAGAGGUACCCAUCAAUCGAAUUUGGUGUUCAGUGUUUUGAUGAAUGCUUAUACCGAUUCUGGCUAUUUCUCGGAUGCUAUUCAGUGUUUUAGGUUGGUUAGAAAGCAUAAUUUGCAAAUUCCAUUUCAUUCUUGCGGCUACCUUUUUGAUAGAUUGAUGAAAUUGAAUUUGACCAGUCCAGCGUGGGCGUUUUAUGACGAAAUUUUGGAUUGCGGGUACCCACCAGAUGUUUGUAAAUUCAAUGUUUUGAUGCAUAGGUUGUGUAAGGAGCAUAAAAUAAAUGAAGCCCAGUUGUUGUUUGGUGAAAUUGGGAAGAGGGGCUUGCGGCCUACAGUUGUUAGUUUCAAUACUUUGAUUAACGGGUAUUGUAAAUCAGGGAAUUUGGAUCAAGGGUUUAGGCUUAAGAGGUUCAUGAUGGAGAGUAGGGUCUUUCCUGAUGUUUUUACUUAUAGUGUUUUGAUUAAUGGGUUAUGUAAAGAGGGUCAGUUGGAUGAUGCGAAUAAGUUAUUUAUGGAGAUGUGUGACAGAGGCUUAGUUCCGAAUGAUGUUACUUUCACCACUUUGAUCAAUGGGCAUUGUGUAACGGGCAGAGCUGAUUUGGGUAUGGAAAUUUAUCAGCAAAUGUUGAGGAAAGGUGUGAAACCGGAUGUGAUCACUUACAAUACUCUGAUUAAUGGCCUUUGCAAGGUUGGAGAUUUGAGAGAAGCAAAGAAGCUUGUGAUUGAGAUGACUCAGAGGGGUUUGAAGCCUGACAAAUUUACAUAUACAAUGCUCAUUGAUGGAUGUUGCAAGGAGGGAGAUUUAGAAUCAGCCCUGGAAAUUAGGAAAGAAAUGGUUAAAGAAGGGAUUGAGCUGGAUAAUGUGGCUUUCACAGCCCUCAUUUCAGGGUUUUGCAGAGAGGGACAAGUUAUUGAAGCAGAAAGAACACUGAGAGAGAUGUUGGAAGCAGGUAUAAAACCAGACGAAGCCACAUAUACAAUGGUCAUUCAUGGGUUUUGUAAGAACGGAGAUGUUAAGAUGGGUUUUAAGUUGCUCAAGGAGAUGCAAUGUGAUGGCCAUGUACCGGGGGUUGUAACCUAUAAUGUGCUUCUGAAUGGGAUUUGCAAGCAAGGGCAGAUGAAAAAUGCUAAUAUGCUCUUAGAUGCAAUGCUAAAUUUAGGAGUGGUUCCCGAUGACAUUACAUAUAACAUCCUACUUGAAGGACACUGCAAGCAUGGAAACAGGGAGGAUUUUGAUAAGCUACAAAGUGAGAAAGGACUUGUUCAAGAUUAUGGUUCAUAUACUUCGCUAAUUGGUGACUUACGUAAAACCUGUAAAGAACGCCAAAAGAGAUGAUUGGUCGCCGUGGUUUGCAAACUUAAGGUCUCCAGUCCAGACCUUCAAGUUGGGUGGGGCUUGUGUUUGUAUAUAAUUGCUUUUGUUUCCCUGUUAACAUGGAUUCAAUGGCGGGUUUUGGCCUCUGUUUAACAGACCAGAGAUUGGACUAAUAUCCAAAGCAGUGAACCAUUCAACUUCAA